AUGAAUCGGCGUCUACUGGUGCGUUCUAUAUGCGGUUUCCAGCGGCUAUCGAGAAUAACACUUCGAAGGCAAAACUUUCCCCUUCUCAGACACUAUUCUGACACGUCCACCACUGCAAAGACGAAUGGCACCAUAUUGCGUAAACAGUUGCUGUCGUUGAAGCCCAUCUCGCCCUCCGAUUCGCUGUUCAUUUCUUGCACGGUGUUCAAUUCCAAGGGAAAUAUCAUCUCCAUGUCUGAGAAGUUCCCUAAAUGGACCUUUCUAACUGAACAUUCUCUGUUCCCCAGAGAUCUGAGGAAAAUAGACAACUCUUCAAUUGAUAUCAUUCCGACCAUAAUGUGCAAGCCGAAUUGUAUAGUUAUCAACUUACUACAUAUCAAGGCUCUCAUCGAACACGACAAAGUCUACGUUUUCGACACCACUAACCCCUCCGCCGCCGCCAAAUUGAGUGUGCUCAUGUAUGACUUGCAGUCUAAGUUGUCCUCCACAAAGAACAAUUCUCAAUUCUAUGAACAUAGAGCCCUCGAGAGUAUUUUCAUCAACGUCAUGAGCGCAUUAGAGACAGAUUUUAAGCUUCACUCACAAGUCUGUAUCCAGAUCUUGAACGAUUUGGAGAACGAGGUCAACAGACUUAAGCUACGACAACUCUUAAUCAAAUCAAAAGAUCUCACGCUUUUCUACCAGAAAACUUUGUUGAUUAGAGAUUUAUUAGACGAAUUGCUGGAAAAUGAUGAUGAUUUAGCAAACAUGUACCUGACCGUCAGGAGAUCUCCCAAGGAUAAUUUUUCAGACUUGGAAAUGCUUAUAGAAACUUACUACACACAGUGUGACGAAUACGUUCAACAGUCGGAAUCGUUGAUCCAAGACAUUAAAUCUACAGAGGAAAUUGUUAACAUAAUACUAGACGCAAACAGAAAUUCCUUGAUGCUUUUGGAGUUGAAAGUCACCAUCUACACUUUGGGAUUCGCCGUAGCAUCCGUCCUACCUGCAUUUUAUGGUAUGAAUUUGAAAAACUUUAUCGAGGAAAGUGAAUGGGGGUUUACCUCUGUCGUGGCAUUCUCCAUCUUUUCAGCCCUGUACAUCACCAAGAAAAACUUCAACUCAUUAAGGUCUGUAACCAAGAUGACCAUGUACCCAAAUUCACCCGCAAACUCUAGUGGAUUUCCCAAAACAUCACCUUCUAAUCCUGUAUCGAAUAAACUGAGGAAGAGACGAACCUGGUGGAAACUGACAAAGCAGCGACUGGGAGUACUAUUCUAUGGCAAUACCUAUUACAGUAGGGCCGUCUUGCCGAACAAUAGGUUUAAUAAAGGCCUCCCUAAAUUGAAGAAAUUUAGUAUGGAAAAUGAUUUAAAAAACAAAGAAGACAGAGAUAUGAUAUGGAAAUGGUUGAUAGAAGAUAAGAAGAAUUGA